UUUUUUUCUUUCAAUUUUUUUUUUUUUUUUUUUUUUUUUUUUUUUGUUCUUCGUAACAAAAACUUAAUAAUGACGGAUAACGUUUGUUAUUCAAUACUUAAGACAGCGACACAACAAAUUAUUCAGAGUGCUGGUUUUGAGGCCGCCAACAAUAGUUCUAUUGAUACGCUUACCGAUGUAUUUGGAAAAUACAUCGAGCUUUUAGGCUCUACUGUUUCUGCUUACGCUAAUUUGAAUGGAAGAACAAUAGGCAAUUCGUUUGACUUGAUGGAAGCAAUGAGCGAAGUAGAUAUACAACCCAAAAAGUUAAAAGUUUGGUUAGAAGAAGAGGGAAAAUUUUUAACACCAUGUUGGUCAGAUCAGUCUGAUCCCGGUCGAUUAAUUCAAGGCGUUAUUAAUGGUGGCAAACCUGCGUUUGACGAUGUAGUAGAGUAUAGAUACGGUACACCAAUCGUAGAUUAUGACAUACCUUCGCCUACUUUUGUUGAUUCGCCCAUAGAACAAGAUGCAAACGAUUUACCAGAUUAUAUUCCAUCGUAUCUCCCACCUUUCCCAGAAAUAAAACAAGAUGAAAUUGUUGAAGAAAUAUCGUUUCAAAAGCAACAACAGUUAUUGCAACAAAAGAAAGAACAAGAAGAACUUCAACAACAGCAACAACAACAGCAACAACUACCUGUUCUUGUCAAAAAUCGAAAAAAGCCAAUCGAAAAUCCAUUUACGCACAUCAUUCCAUUCGAAGAUUCAAGCUUGACUACGGACAACGAGGACGGUACACAGCAACAACCAUUAUCAUUAUUAGUAGACGUCAACAAAAAUAAGAAGCGAACAGAGGAAGAAGAGGAGGAGACGAUUACAAAGAGAAGGAAGAUCGCCACAAGCUCAUUAGUGGAUGCGCUCUCGAAUAUCAAACCACCCCAAUAUAAGCUAGGAGAAGGAUUAAUUGAUAAAAAUGAUGAAUUAUUUAAAAACCAAACGCAAAAUGCAGCAGCACCCGGUAAUUAUCUGUUCAACCAUGAUAUUGGUGUUUUUGAUCAAGUUGUGCGUACAAUUGCUGAUCCCAUGGUAAUUUCGAAAUUAACCUGUCCGAAUUUACAAACCGAUAUUGCUGUAUUCAAUUCACCAAAUGCACCUUCAAAUUUAUAUCAAGAAGUUCGUUCUUCACCUGGUCCAAGUUCACCAGAAAGAUCUUCGAGUAUGUUGGCUGCAUUAGCUGGUGGGUCUUCUGCUUUAAAAAAGUCUGGAUUAAAGAAACUGUCUUCGUCUCAAUCCUUAUCUCACAUACCCUCGACCCCAAUGUCCUUAAGCUCCUUAUCGAACCAUACAAUUAGUAAACAUAGUGUUGAUAUUAAUGCCAUCAAAACUGGUGAUAGUAAAUAUAUAAUUAAAAAGAAGAGAAUGCUUUUGGAAAAGCAACAAUUAUUAGAAAGGCAGCAACAAGAAAAGGAUUUCCCUCAACAACAACAGCAACCACAACAAACACCGCCACAAUCAGCGCCGGUACAGGAACAGACACAGACACAUAAACAACACGCAGUCGCUCCCCCUAUUUUAAAAUCCACACCCACCACCACUAAUCAUGCUGCUGCACCUAUUAAUAAUUCUGCACUUCCGAAACCAAUUGGCCCAAUCUCUUUGUCUUCUUUCUCCUCCUCCUCCGCUUCCUCGUCUACUUUAUCUCCACUAGAAAAAGAAAAGAAGAAACAAAAAUCAAAGGGACCCAAAUUAAUGCUAAAUUUUGCUUCUUUACCGCCGCCUACAAUUACAGAAGAUGUAUCCUCACCAAAUACCCCAAAAAUCCGAUUCAAAAUUAAGCCUCCAGAACAGCAACCAGCUUCUGCUGCGUCUGCUUCUGCUGGCGCCUCCACAUCUACGACACCCAAAUCCACCAUUUCACUUCAACAAUACCAGCAACAAAAGCAAAAAGAUGUGCCUAUCAAAUUAGAAAAACAACAACCCAUGUUGUCCUCGCCCAUUCCUAGAACAGUACCCCCACCACCGCCGCCUUCGACACAACAAUCCAAUUUCUCACUGUCACAUAACGGCUAUAGUGCAGAAGAAAUACGUUGUAUUUGUGAAAAUCCUACAGUAGAUUAUGGAACUUUUAUGAUCGCUUGUGAUCGAUGUAGUAUAUGGUUUCAUGGAAGUUGUGUUGGUAUAGCAGAAAGUGAUCAAGUUGAAGAAUGGUAUUGUAGGCGUUGUAGAGGUUAAAAUAAUUUAUCAUGUAAUGAACUCCCUUUCACAACAAAAAUAAAACAUUUGUAACUUUUUUUAUACAGUUUUUGUUGACAUGUAGCUUUGACUUUAAAUUACUUAAAUACUUUGAUCAAAGGUCAG